UCUACUACAACAUCUACAACACAACCCACUACAACCCCAACUACAUCAACUACGACCUCUGCAACACAACCCAAUACAACCACAACUACAUCAACUACGACAUCGACAACACAACCCACUACAACGUCAGCUACUUCAACGACAACUACAUCAACUACAACAUCGACAACACAGCCCACUACAACGUCAGCUACAUCUACUACUACAUCUCCAACAGAACCCACUACAGCCCCAACUACCUCAACUACGACCUCUGCAACAGAACCCACUACAACCACAACUACAUCAACUACGACAUCUACAACACAACCCACUACAGCCCCAACUACAUCAACUACGACAUCGACAGCACAACCCACUACAACCACAACUACAUCAACUACGACAUCGACAACACAACCCACUACAACGUCAGCUACAUCUACUACUACAUCUCCAACAGAACCCACUACAGCCACAACAACUUCAACGACAACAUCUCCAACAGAACCCACUACAACCUCAUCUACUUCAACUACGACAUCUACAACACACCCCACUACAACGUCAGCGACAUCUACUACUACAUCUCCAACAGAACCCACAACAGCCCCAAUAACUUCUACGACAACAUCUCCAACAGAACCCACUACAACCUCAUCUACUUCAACUACGACAUCUACAGCACAACCCACUACAACCCCAACUACAUCUACUACUACAUCUCCAACAGAACCCACGACAGCCCCAACAACUUCAACUACGACAUCUACAACACACCCCACUACAACGUCAGCUAAAUCUACUACUACAUCUCCAACAGAACCCACUACAGCCCCAACUACAUCAACUACGACAUCUACAACACAACCCACUACAACCCCAACUACUUCUACGACAACAUCUCCAACAGAACCCACUACAACCUCAUCUACUUCAACUACGACAUCUACAGCACAACCCACUACAACCCCAACUACAUCUACUACUACAUCUCCAACAGAACCCACUACAGCCCCAACUACAUCAACUACGACAUCUACAACACAACCCACUACAACCCCAACAACAUCAACUACGACAUCUACAACACAACCCACUACAGCCCCAACAACUUCAACGACAACAUCUACAGCACAACCUACUACAACCCCAGCUACUUCUACGACAUCGCAAACAGAACCCACUACAACUCCAAUUACUUCUACGACAUCUACAACACAACCCACUACAACCCCAACUACAUCAACUACGACAUCGACAACACAACCCACUACAACGUCAGCUACAUCUACUACUACAUCUCCAACAGAACCCACGACAGCCCCAACAACUUCAACGACAACAUCGACAACACAACCCACUACAACCCCAACUACAUCAACUACGACAUCGACAACACAACCCACUACAACGUCAGCUACAUCUACUACUACAUCUCCAACAGAACCCACUACAGCCCCAACUACAUCAACUACGACAUCUACAACACAACCCACUACAACCCCAACAACAUCAACUACGACAUCGACAACACAACCCACUACAACGUCAGCUACAUCUACUACUACAUCUCCAACAGAACCCACUACAGCCCCAACUACCUCAACUACGACCUCUGCAACAGAACCCACUACAACCACAACUACAUCAACUACGACAUCGACAACACAACCCACUACAACGUCAGCUACAUCUACUACUACAUCUCCAACAGAACCCACUACAGCCCCAACUACCUCAACUACGACCUCUGCAACAGAACCCACUACAACCACAACUACAUCAACUACGACAUCUACAACACAACCCACUACAGCCCCAACUACAUCAACUACGACUACAACCACAACUACAUCAACUACGACAUCGACAACACAACCCACUACAACGUCAGCUACAUCUACUACUACAUCUCCAACAGAACCCACUACAGCCACAACAACUUCAACGACAACAUCUCCAACAGAACCCACUACAACCUCAUCUACUUCAACUACGACAUCUACAGCACAACCCACUACAACGUCAGCUACACCUACUACUACAUCUACAACUCAACCCACUACAGCCCCAACUACAUCAACUACGACAUCUACAACACAACCCACUACAACCCCAACUACAUCAACUACGACAUCGACAGCACAACCCACGACAACCCCAACGACAUCAACUACGACAUCUACAACACAACCUACUACAACCCCAACUACAUCAACUACGACAUCGACAACCCACUACAGCCCCAACAACUUCAACGACGACAUCAACAACACAACCCACUACAACCACAAGUACUACUAG